AUGAUUCACCCAAGAUGGGUUGGCCUAGGGUACGGGCAGGCGAUCAUGCUUUUCCUCGCCCUCUCGUACUACAACACCUUGUUGGCCUAUUCGCUGAUCUACGUUGCUGGAUCCUUGUUUCACCCACUCCCAUGGGCAGAGCAUUCGGCGAGCUAUUGGAAUGACGAAGUUCUCAAUAGCUACGACGGGGACUACGAUGGCGUGGGCCUCGGACCCGUCCAGUGGAAGAUUGCAGUAGCAUUGUUAGUGGUAUGGAUAGUAGUGUAUUUGUCACUUGCUUUUGGCAAAGACAUUUUGACCAAGGUGACCUGGGUCACUGUAGUGGGUCCGGUCGUCAUGCUGCUGAUUCUUCUGGCGCGCGCAUUGACGUUGGACGGCGCGAGCGACGGCAUUGAAUUCUAUCGACAUUGGAAAGUUCGACGCCGAUGUUUUGGUUGA